CAAAAAUAUCGCUGGUUGAGCAAAGUUAUUAAAAUUAAAGUUCGUAGUUUUGAGCUGCAUCGCUUCCCGCUGGCGCUGGACGAAAAAUGUCCAGCGCACGAAAUUAAAAGCGGCCGACAACGAACGAACAGCACUGCGUGCACGGGUCGAUAAGAAAAAAUACUACACGGUUGUCAUUGCUCGGAGCAGCAGUUUUGUAACGCGCUGUUCGUGCACACAACAGUGGAAUUCGUGAAUAAGCGCGGAUAAGUACACUGCUGCUGGAGAAUAAUUAUUAAAAAGCGUUUAAAUGAUGUGGAAACUAUUGAAUCAGUUUCCUGUGCCGCUCGAGCUGAAGGAUGGCAUCAUUUAUUGCCAGCGGGCUCUGCGGGACUGUGUGGUGCAGCACCAGAAUUUGGCUUCCAAAAUCAAUAAACUGCCAAAGCAUCAGCGCAUCAAAGUAAAAGAGUUACUGCUCGAGCUCGAGGAAGAAAUGUUGGAGAUCGGUGACGAACAGGACACUCUGGUGCGCUCGUUGUCCCAGCGCCUGCAAGCAUUCCGAGCUUACGUCCAGCAAAAGACGAACGUGAAUAUCACCGAUGACAUAGCGAACGGUUACGUGACGCGUGUGCUUCAUUACCACAAUGAAACGACCGGUCCGAUUGCAACCCCGGCGAGCUGUUCGAAUCGGCUUUCCGCCAACGAACUAGCCCAGAAAUACUGUUUGGAGAACAUUGCGAAACUGGAAAAGUUUAUCAACGACGACAAUGCCAACUUUGCCCCGUGGAGUACCGGUACGUCCCAUGAGCAGCGGGCAGAGGAGAAAAAGUCUAAAAAAAUAGACACAAAAACCAUAAAGGCGAAGGCAAACUUAUCAUGCUCCUCGUCCUCAACGUCUCCAUCGCCAAUGACGACGUCCGGUAGCCGAUCGCUUCUGAAACCGAAGCAGGAACGUUUCCCACAGGGGUCCACCACCAGUGAACCAUCCUCCAAGGAUGCCUCUGAGCCACGGGCUUUCGCCAGCGUUAUCAAGUCCGAAGAAAGUACGAACGUUAAGGUCACGGAAGUGAAAAAUGAACCGAGUAGCAACCAAGCAACCACUGCCAUGUUGAUUAAGAACGAACCAGAGCCAACGGAAGACAAGCCGGAGCCACAGAAGCUUUACACCCAAACCGGUAAGCGUUCCUGGAUGCCCGGGCUGCGGGGUCGUCCGCCAAAGGGGGUGAAGUAUAUUCCGGCUGCCAAGCAUGCCCUUCAGGCGGCCCAGCGUGAAAACUAUCUCAGAAGAAUGCAACAGGCGAUGUUGGGUGUGAAACAACGGGGUAGACCGCCGAAGAUGCCAAUUAUGCUUCCGUCACCGCCGCCAGAACCCGAACCGGAGCAGCACGACUCUUCGGAGGAACAGUCAGGUUCGAGCUCAUUCGGACGGCCAUCGGUGGCAGUCCGGCGUGGCCGCAGCAAUCUGCAGAUGGCGCUGAACAGACUAAAGCGCCUACCGGACGGUGAAAAUACGGAAACCUUCAUCAAUAGAACGGCGACGGAAAUAGCGAAAAAAUCGAAACCAACCACCGGCGGUAAGCAAGGUUCAUCCGGAUCGUCCGGUUCGUCGCCCAGUUCACGCUCCUCCACACCGACCCUGUCACAGGCGCGGCUUGCCGCAUCCGAUGAUUCUUCUGAUCGGCGCUGCGAUAUGGCGCCGCCCGAAUCGCCUCCCACCAGAGAACCGGAAGUGCCGCCACCGAACGAUAUCUGGGAGUUGGGUAUGAAAGCGUUGUUGAACUACUUCGGCCUGUGCACCCCCGAGGAGGCGAAGGCACGCCGUGAGCGAAGGCAGGAGCGCAAACGACGCAGCUGCUACAGCACGGAACGAAAAGAUUUCCAUUACGGCCGGUUGGAUUAUUACGAGCAGCAGCAGUUACAGGCCGCUGUUCGCACCAGCAAACGGCCAAACCAACGUCCGAUCCUUUACUCACCUCCCGUCGCAGUAGUGAAGAAGCGGAAACAUCAAAUGGGGGCAGUUGCGGGGGCGGUGGCACUUGCCAGCAGCAACGCGCGCCAACGUCCUCCUCCCAUGCCCUGUCGACUUUCACUCGACUCAAGGGACAUUUUUGCAGCCAUGGCCAGAAGGAGCUGCUUCGUGUGCAACAAAACCGGAUCCACCAUUGAGCUUAGCGCGUGUACGAAUUGUUGCAACAUUUACCACAUCAGCUGCCACCGAAAUGAAGCUGAAAGCGAUUUACAACUGUUCCAGCUUCGAGACAAUCUCUGCCCCGUUUGCCUUACAGCCGAAUGUGGGGACGAUGGGGAUAAGUAGGAAGCUCAACAGAAUUUUGUAUUUGGAUUUUUUUCCCGUUUCAUUGCGGCUCAUGAAAACGUUGUUAGUUUUAUGCAAGUGUGGUUUUCACUUUGAAUUGUUAAUUUUUUAACAUUCGUCCGAGUAUCAUACUCGACUCAAGAAUCGCUAAUUAAUCCUAUGUAUUUCCUUCAGAAAACGAUAAUGAUGAGGAUAUUAAACGUGAUACACAUAAUCCAUUCAAUAAUUGAAAAUAAAGUCCAUAAGAGCAACCCAGUCUCAACAGA